AUGGCGAAUUUAGUAUCUGUGCGCAGAAGACCCUACCGCUAUCCUCACUCUGCAAUCAUAUCCUCCAUCUUCUUGAUCAUCAUAUUUACCCCUGACAAUUUGAAUAAUGGGGCUACAGCCUUCUGCUCACAACUCUCCCCUCCUUAUCUGGAUCUGCAGCCCAUUUUCUCCGUGCUUUCUGCGUCCAGGCAGCACCACAUCCCCGCUUUUCUACUAGCACUAGCGUGCCCCAUAAUGGGUCUAAUCCCGAUGAUUAAAGAUUCGAGUACUAUCCCCAUUUCGCGAUUGCCUCUCCUACCCUCCUUCUGA